AUGUCUAGUAAAGAAUAUGAAGAUAUUUGUUCUACUUACUUAAUUGAUAAAGCAAAGGAAUCUUCCCAAAAUUUAACUAUCGGAAAUUCAAUAUCAACGUUAGAUGAUGUUGAUAAAGACAAGUUUUCAUUCUGAACAUCUUACAUAACUCAAGAUGAUGUGUACAUUCCACAUGUUGCUGAAAAUCUCAUUCCUAAAAAAGGACAAAUUGUGUCAAGUUUAAAUGAAGGAAUUGAAAUGUACAGGAAUUAUGCAAAAGCUGCUGGUUUUGGAAUUAGAUUAGGAACAACAACCAAAUACGGGGAUCUAAGUCUAAGGAAAAAACAAGUAAGAUGCAACAGAUAUGGAAAUCCAAAAAAAAAAACCAUUGAUACUCUUACAUCCAAACGACUGAAAAAACAGGAAAGAAAAUCAUAUUCUAAGGUCACAGGAUGUAUGGCAAUGAUUGGUUUUGACAGAAAUGCUGCAACAAAUAUAAUCACUGUAUAUGCUUUUGAAGACACUCAUAACCAUCCACUUACUGAAUUUAAUGAAGAAAACAUUUGCUCUCCAAAUCAUCGUCUUAGUAUUUUUGAUCAAGAACUAAUUGUUAAAGCUUCAACUAUCAACAUUGGUGCCACAAAAGCACACAAAUUAAGAGCAUCAUUAAAGGGAGGAUAUGAUAAUUUGCCAGCAACAAAGAAUGAUUUCAAAAACUUUUGGAGAGAUUAUACAAAUAUUGUUGGACCAAAUGAUGCUCAAUGUGUUGUAGACCAGUUGAUAAUUCGCAGAGAUAAUUAUCAAAAUUUCAAUUUUCAAUAUAAGUUGGAUGAUGAUGUGCUAAAUGCUAUGUUUUGGGUUGAUGAAACAGGAAGAGAAAACUACAAUAAGUUUUCUGAUGUUAUAUCAAUGGAUGCUACUUAUAGAACAAACAGGUACAAUAUGAUAUUUGUUCCUUUCACUGCAAUAAACAAUCAUGACAAGACAAUCAACAUUGGAGCAGGACUAAUAUCAGAUGAAACAAUUGAAUCAUACUCUUGGUUGUUAGAAGCUUUUUUGUCAUCACAUAAGAAGAAACCAACAAUGAUUCUAUCAGACAUGGAUGCAGCAUUAUCUUGUUCAAUAGCAAAGGUGUUUGAAGGAUGUACUCACAGAUUAUGUAUGUGGCACAUAAUGUCAAAAAUGCCAUCAAAGGAAAAUAAAUGGUUGGCUGAUAUGUUCAACAAGAGAGAUAAAUGGAUUCCAUCCUAUUUCAGAGAUAUACCAAUGUGUGGACUUAUGAAGACUACAUCUCGAUCUGAAAGUUCUAAUUCCUUUUUCAAUGUUUUCUCAAGUCCAACAAACUUACUUGUUAAUUUUAUGUUCAACUUUGACACUGCACUUUCAAAGCAGCGUCAUGAACAAAAAAGAUUAGACAUUGCAUCAAGAGAUACUUUGCCACAACUACUAUUUCCAAAUGAAAAUUUGAAAAUAGAAAAGCAUGCAUCAUUGGUAUACACUCGAGAAGCAUUCAUAAAAGUGCAAAAACAAAUAAAAAAGGCAUUCUAUCAGUGUUUUCAAAAAAAUUCGGUUUUGAUUGAUGGUCUUCAACAAUGCACAAUUGUCUACAAAGAACUAAAAUCAGGCAAGCGGCCAGAAUUUAAGGUUUCUUUUGAUGCAAAAGAUGAAACAAUUGAAUGUGAAUGUUUGCAUUUCACAUUUUUUGGAAUCCUUUGCAGUCAUGCUUUCAGAAUUCUUAUAGAUUAUGACAUUGCCAUGAUACCUGAAAAAUACAUUCUGGAUAGAUGGAGAAAGAACAUAGUGGAUAUUGGUUUUCAAAAGAUAAACAAAAAAUGGAGAGUGUGCAGUACAGAAAUUUCAAAUCUCUUGCAGGAUGCAACUUCUUUUUUUGAAAAAUGCGUUGAAUCGGUUAUUCAUGAUAAAGAAAAACUACAAGAAUUGGUGAACUCUCUUCAACAAUUAAGUGAAACUUGUGGAAAAGAUGUUUCUACAAGAUCAAGUUCAAUUCCCAUAAAAGAUGUGAUUGAAAAUAUCAUUGGAGUUCCAAUUUCAAGUGAUGUGAAAAUCAAAGUACCAAGUGAGAUAAAAACAAAAGGAAGUGGAAAGAGGAGUCGAAUCAAAAGUGCUGCAGAAAAAGCAAUAGCAAAAGCACUUAAACCAAAACGCAAAUGCAAAGGAUGCAACCAAUUCGUCAACCAUGAUAUAAGAAAUUGCCCAAUAAAUCCUUCAAAUGUGCUUAGGCCUUUCAAAAAACAUCAGUAA